CGUUAGGGCCUAGUCUGUGCUGCUCCUCCGCCGGUCCUGUUAUGGCUGACCUGCGUUUGAGGCAGAUCAAGAUCAAGACCGGCGUCGUGAGGCGAUUGGCAAAAGAAAAAGUUAUGUAUGAAAAAGAAGCAAAACAGCAAGAAGAAAAGAUUGAAAAAAUGAAAGCUGAAGCAUGUGAUGAUUAUGGAAUUAAGAAGCAGAUUGAGAUCUUACAAGAGUCACGAAUGAUGAUUCCAGACUGCCAGCGCAGAUUAGAAGUUGCACAUGCAGAUCUUACUCAACUACUAGAAAAUGAAAAAGAAUUGGAAGAAGCCGAAGAGUAUAAAGCAGCACGUUCCAUGCUAGAGUCAGUGAAGCUGGAACCCUAGAAGUUUUUCAGUACUCUCUUUAUAUGCAUUAGCACUGGGUCCAUUCCACACUUUCAUUUGACUAUGGCUCUAUUACUAUUGUCGGCUUGCUAAGGUUUCCCUUUAUGCAAACUGGCCUUUCUCUAACUGCAAGAUGCAUCAAAUAAAGGAUGUUCUGAAACAUCUGUGUGUUCCAUAUUCAGGCAAAGCAGAAACAUUUCCAGUUCACCU